UACAAAGUUUGAGUAAUGAAGCUGUUGCAAUUACCCAGAGAGCAGAUUGUCCCUCAGAGGAAGGGCAUCUUUGUUUUCCUGUCUCCUGGGAUUUCCUUAAGCAGUGGAAAGAGAAGCCACCAAGUAAGCCACUCUGAGCAAGUUGAGUUUGAGGAAAUGAGACUCCAGUCCUUGGAAGCCUUGGCUGGGAUGCUUUGCAGCUUCCUUGUCAAGAACACUAAGUUGGCCUGCUGUUGCGGAUCUGCUGGAUGCUCCCUCUGCUGUGGCUGCUGCCCUAAGGUCCGACAGUCUCGGACCACCCGCUUCAUGUACUUACUCUACUUCAUUCUGGUCGUCGGCCUCUGCUGUGUGAUGAUGUCAUCCUCUGUGACCAAGCAGAUGAAGGAGCAUAUUCCCUUUUUUGAAGAUUUCUGUAAAGGCAUUAAAGCUGGUAAAACCUGUGAGAACCUGGUGGGGUAUUCUGCAGUGUAUCGAGUCUGCUUUGGAAUGGCUUGUUUCUUCUUUGUGUUUUGCCUGCUGACCUUAAAGGUCAACAACAGCAAAGGGUGCCGGGCCUACAUCCACAAUGGCUUCUGGUUCUUUAAGCUUCUGCUGUUGGGGGCCAUGUGCUCAGGAGCGUUCUUCAUUCCGGAUCAGGAAACCUUCCUGAAUGCCUGGCGCUAUGUGGGAGCUGUGGGGAGCUUCAUCUUCAUCUGUAUCCAGCUGCUCCUGAUUGUUGAGUUUGCACAUAAAUGGAACAAGAACUGGAAUGCAGGCACUGCCAGUAACAAGCUGUGGUACGCCUCCCUGUCCCUGGCGACACUUGUCAUGUACUCCAUUGCUGUCGGCGGCUUGAUUCUGAUGGCGGUAUUUUACACACAGAGUGAUGACUGCACCGACAACAAGAUCCUCCUGGGAGUGCAUGGUGGCCUAUGCCUUCUAAUCUCCCUGGCAGCCAUCUCACCCUGUGUCCAGAGCCGACAGCCACACUCCGGGCUGUUGCAGUCGGGGCUGAUAAGCUGCUAUGUCACAUACCUCACUUUCUCAGCGCUGACCAGCAAGCCUGAAAAAAUAGCUCAAGAUGAACACGGGAAGAAUAUUACCAUAUGUGCUCCUGACUUCAGUCAAGGUCUGCAUAGAGAUGAAAACAUGGUAACCUGGCUGGGCACCUUUCUCUUGAUUGUGUGCAUCGGGUAUUCAUGUUUGACUUCAACAACAAGGUCGAGUUCAGAUGCUCUGCAGAGGCGUUAUGGAGCUCCUGAGCUGGAGGUAGCCCGCUGCUGUUUUUGCUUUGGUCCAGAUGGAGAGGACACUGAAGAGCAGCAGAAUGCCAAAAAGGGACCCCGGGUCAUAUAUGAUGAGAAGAAAAGCACCGUCUACAGCUACUCCUAUUUCCACUUUGUCUUCUUGCUGGCUUCCCUCUAUGUGAUGAUGACCUUGACCAGCUGGUUCCAUUAUGAGAGCGCCACCAUUGAGACCUUCUUCACUGGGAGCUGGUCCAUCUUCUGGGUCAAGAUGGCCUCCUGCUGGAUGUGUGUGAUACUGUACCUGUGGACCCUGGUGGCCCCUCUUUGCUGUCCCUCCAGGCAGUUCUCAGUGUGAGGAUGUGCAGGUGCCCUUGGCUCAGCAGGCCUGUGCCCCACUCUGGAGGGCUGCCCUUUGAAUGUGUGCAUCAGGGGCUUGAGCAGCAACCGGUGCCCUGGGUCUGACAGUGCUUUCAUAAGACAAACAAAAUCUCCCAAUCAGCUUUAGUCUAAAGUCCUAAAGGAAACUACCAUUUUGACCGUCAGGAAUUGAAAUCUUUAGCCAAGCUGAUAGGUGCAAUUAAUUAUGUCUUUAUGCCUUACCCUAAGUGGUAGCUAAAGUUCUCUUGCUGUUUUUCUUGGAUGUGUUUUAACUAGAACAGAACUCGGGGCACAGCAUCCAUCACAGGGAUGAAAAUGGCCUUGUACAGCCUGUCAUUCUCAUUCUUGGUAUAAAAAAGCAAAAACAAAACCAUUGAAUCCACAGCCCUCAUGUGGGUCUUGAUCUCUGUUACUCAGUCUUGCCUCCUGGAGCCUUCACAGCUCCCUGUUUAUAGAGGACAAGAGGAAGGUUCUCCACCCUGAGAACUACUUCCCUGUGUCUCUGCCACAGCAUUUUUCUGUGAGGUCAUGAUGCUGGGAGUCAGGACCUUUCCUCUCUGCUCUUGGCAGAGGUCCUUCAUUCUUGUCUGGGGAAUUUUUGUAAUAAUGUGAAAAGCACAAUUAGAUCUCACCUCCAUGGAGUUCUUCACUGUUUUAUGCCUACCCAGUCCAAGUCUGCAAAAACUAUGGCGCUUUUGUAUGGUGGUGGUCAUAUGAUUGUGAAACAAUGUUGCUUUCUUUGCCCUGCCAGCAGAGGAUCACAACUCUUGUGUCAUUAACAGUAAUGCUUUAAGGGUCUUCACAGAAAAGUUAUUUCUUGGCUGCAGCUUGUCACACCCUUCUCGAAGUGUGAAGAGCAGCCCCCACCCCACCCACCUCGAUUCUCCUCCACCACAAGGCCUUCCUCACUUGCAUUGUGCCCCAAUGUUAACACCAUGGCUUCCUUGAAGUAGAAGUGUGGGGUGAGGAGCUUCAGCAGAGCUGAGCAGACAGGUGUAGACAAGGAAGUGAAGAAUUAGACUUAGAUGCAAUGCUAGGAGGCUGAGGGCAUCUCACAAAGCCAAGAUCACAUCACAGAAAGGUCCCAGACACACUUUUGGAAAGUAAUACUCAUGGGUGUGCAUUUUCAGUGCUGAUGUUCUUAGUCUAGAAUUCCCAGUGCCGAGUCUGCUAGACACUGGUGGAGGGAUAACCCACUUCUGUAUGGAGUAGAAAAACUCUGUAGACAUCCCAGAAGGACUUGGGUCUAGCUGUUCUUUCUGUGCCUAUCUGAACAAAUUAGGCAGAAUUGGGACCCGCCUAAGCCUGGUUCCCAUGUGCCAAAAUGUGGAUUCUUAUUUUUGCUCACUCCUGUGCCCUCCUACUAAAAGUGCCAUGGGGGCGGGGGAUGAAUAUGGGUGGAUUCUUUGAAGAGCUCACUUAAUUUAAAGUGUUUGAGACCCAGUCUUAGAGGGUACGCAAAUAAGGAUCCCUUGUUUGUAAACUUCGUCACAAUUCCUUAUAUAGGUCAGGGGCAAUUAAAACUCAGCAGUUUAAAUACACAUGAGAAUCGCAGGCAUAACUACACACAAACUCUAAACAAAUCUAGUUAAUCCAAUGGGAAUGGGAGCCCCAUCAACUGGGAAUAGUUCAGAAAGUGGGCCAUGUGAGCUAGCUCCAUCCACUGCUAUGGACGGACAUUCUAUGAGAAAAAGCAGAGGGGAACUCGGGUAGAAGUGGGAACAGUAAUGUUUUCCUCCUGCCAAAGUCUAGUCAAGGCCUUUGUCUUCUCUGCUGAGUCUGGCAGCCAGAUGUAGCAAGUUUUGAACUGGUCAUAUUGGACCAAGGUCAGACUGACAAGGCCACACAUUCCUGGGCUGGUCUUUGUUGGCCCCCUUUCCUCUCCAGAAAGCAGCUCAGGGAAACACAGGACAGUGCCAGUGGCAGCCCCUGUGGCUUCUCUGUCAUCCAGGCAGGCCCAAAACUUAUUUUCCAGCUGCCUAAGUGAUGUUUGUAUUUGUGCCCUCACCUUCAGAAGCUGGGUCUCUCACAAGAGGAAUUGUCAGCCACACCCUUCUUUACUCUCUGCUACUAGAGUUAGAUUGAUGGUCAGAAGUGAGAUGGCUGCACUUGAGGACUGUGGGUUUCUUACUAAGGUAGAAGUUAAGAAUUAAACCUUUCAUCUCAGCAGAAGCAAGGGGAUCUCUAUGCCAGCUAGACCCUGUCUCAAAACAAAACAAAAAAAAAUUGAUCAGCUGUGAGAAACUCCUCAGGUGGUGGUAGUCCACUUAAUGGUUUAAGAACCCUGUCAGGUUCUUGUACUUGAGAAACUGGAAAGUGUGCCAAUUGCUUUGAGUUAACAAUGGCAGUGUUAACUUGCCUUAUCCAUUGAUAAUUUUUUAAAGGUAAUAGCUCUUUGCUUCUUGCCUACUCACACAGGACCAUAAAAAUGCAUGCCUUGAAGCUGCUGAUGGACCCCGUUAGUGGUGGCAGACAGGGCAUCAGAGUUAGAAAUUGUAUGUGUUUCUCUUCCUCUUGUUUUUAUGAGUAAAACACUUAAGGGGGGGUGGUGUUUCUCCUGUCAGUCUUGCUUAGACAAGAUGCCUGGUUGGAGACUGGAGACUGUCCACUUGUUCACCCUUAGAAAGCCUGCCAUGUCAUUGCUGAGUCAGGCUUUUGUGCUGCUGGGUGGCUGGUCGGGCUUCUUGGGAAGUCAGCAGAUGAACUGUUUUCCAGAGGUUUGGGGAAGUUUUAUGUCAUGGGUAAACUGGUGGGGAAGGAGUUGGAGGGAGCGUGGGGUAUUGAGGCUUUGGGGUUCUGGUUCCCAUAAGGAAUGGCCAGCAAGAGUUUCCACAUGAUGACAUUGUUUGCAGUUCACAGAUGACUUCACUGUAGUAUUAGCUGCCCCCUUCCCAAAGCUCCACCCUCUGCCUUUUUCGGGUGAUGUACAUAUUUAUUUUGUCUGAUGGCCCAUCAUUGGUGCUCCCUGUUAUCUGGGAAGGAGCUCCAGAGCCUGUAUUUAAACUUCAUGGGCUUUCUUCUUCCAUUGCCCUUAUAAGCAGUCUCUGUUUUGGUGUGUCUGAAGUAUAUGUCAGUGCACAUCAUAUAAACUACUAAGAAAUGACAGGGGCUUCAGAAAUGAGACUGAACACCCAGAAAGGAUCAGAGAAGAGGUUGGCACCUGGGCUACAGGAUCUGAAGGGUUUUGUGUGUAACUCACUCACUAGUAAACAUUUUCAUUUCCUUUCAUUUCAGAGAUAGGCUCUCUGGUGUUGAGGUGACAUCAACAGACAGGGAAGCUGAUCACAAGGUCUUUAGCUCACUCUUCUUUUCCUUUUUUCCCUCAGAGAAUCAUUCACAGAGACAGUUAUUUUGAAAGACCGAGAUACUUGACUUUUACCAAAGAGGUGUAUUUGACUUUGUUUUAGUUGGGGAAGGGCAGGCAAAUCAGGACUGCAUUUGCCCAAAUUGACUUCAGCAGAAGUUUAACCACAUUCAUUUGAGCAAAAUGAUGGAGGGACUCUAAGGCAACCCUUUGGGAGAAAGGAUCC